AUGGGUGGUUGGCUCGGGAUCUGCACCACUGUAGUGGCCUCUGCUGCUGCCUACCACGUGGUGAUCUUGCUCAAUCAACUGACUGAACAACGAGGGGCAGCCCAGCCACCACCCAACUGCAGCGGGGCAUCCCCUACCAAAAAGGCGAAGACCCCACUCUCCCUCUUCCGGGAAGCAACCGUGCAGCUUCACUCCUUAGCCGUUGCACCAGCCACAGCGCCACUGUCAAGGGAAAUAGUCCUACAGCAGCUAGCACAGGCACUUCACCUCACCACCACUGCCAUGGACACCAACCCCGGGGCGCACAACCCAGGCAUGAGCAGCACACAACUGGCAGCAGCGCGGGGGCUACAUCACCUCAUAAAUAGUGCAUACAGUAGUGUGGAAGCCAUGGGCCUACCUGGACUGCAAGCGCACCGCCGCAACCUGGCCACCGGGGCGCGACUGGCGACAGUAGCAGAUGGCAAGCCGCCACCACAGCGGGGCGUGCACCCGGCAGACGUGGUCGGGCUCCAGGUGCAAGUGGAGGAAACUGAACGACCCGUCUUCGUCCAACACCUCACGCUCAUGGAGGCUGUCGCCAACCUACAGAACGUGCGGGGCUUCCUCAGUGGCAACACCUUCGAACUGGCGGGGCAAGCGCUCACCGCAGUGCACACGUGGCUCAAUGGGGAUGAGGCCGUCUAUGUGGAGAGCCAGGACAACGCAGAAGGGGCCGAUGACUGGCCCACUACCGGGGCGAACCUCCUGAACACAGACCCAGGAGACGCUGAAAGAGAAGCGUUAGCUGACCUCGCGCAGCAGAAGGACUUCGAGCGACAGAUGGCGCAGCAAGAAGAGGACCACCACGCCACGGACGACGAAGCAGAAACAGUCCUGCUGGAGGAUGCACCGACGAGAUGGCGCCAUCCACUACGCGGAGCGGACGUCGCGGAGCACACGACUUUGGCCCAGUCCCUCUGCGACUCACAGGUCAGGGCUGACAAGGAGCAAAAGGCCGAGUUGUCUCAUCCUCUCGGACAAGCUUGCAGCGACAGGCACAACGAAUCCAACGGAGGAGAGCAAGACCCAAGACUGUCCACGGAGGACCGUCGGAUCUUGGCCGAUCCGGAGUCCCAGAAGCUCCACCAAUUAGCCAGCCGAUGCAUGAAGAUCGGCCUCGUGCUCCCCAGUGAAAGCUGCAAGGGCCGCAUACUUGCCAGUGGGAUUGCUGCCUUACUGGAGCUCUUUACAAUGCUCUCAACAGCUUCAAGAAAAAUCACGAAGCGAGAGAGAGGUAUGCCUGGCAAAACGAGAUUUGAGGUGCCCGUGUACCCAGACACACCGGAGCAGCUGCCUGACCAGGUGACUUCCUCGACUCCUGCCAUACCCGUUUCAUAG